AGGUCCAUUUGUUACGCAUCGUUUUUCCACGUUUUCUCAUCUGCCAGGACUCGCAGAGGAUUUCAGAGAGAGAGAGAGAGAAACUCUUGUGUUGUAGAGGGACAAAGUCAUGUCGGCCUUCGACGCCUACAGCAACGACGGCGAAGACGUUAGGGCUUCGUCCAAUCGUCCCUUCGACGAUGACACCUUCGUCGAGUACGAUCCAAGCCUCCCGUCCCGCCGCUUCGACUCCUACGCUUCUUUCGCCACUGCUGACGACUACGCCGCCGACGACGCUCCUCCGGCCGGCGGGUUUCCGGUUGAAGACGAGGUAACUGUGGACCACGUCUCUCACAACGUAGAUGGCGUCCAUCCUUUGCCUGGAAUGUACGGUUUCGAGGGAUCCUCCAUGGCCGAUGAUCCGAACCCUAAUUUUUCGGAGGAUUCGUUUUCGGUUCCUAUCGCGAACGGAAAUGGGAAGCCGUAUGACAUCAGUGCUGACAAUGAAGACAUUUUCUCAUCGGAUGGACCUGUGCUUCCACCGCCGACUGAAAUGCAGCCCGAGGAAGGGUUCAUUCUUCGUGAAUGGCGGCGUCAAAAUGCUAUUCAGCUGGAGGAGAAGGAGAAGAGGGAAAAGGAAAUGCGAAACCAGAUUAUUGAAGAAGCUGAGGAGUAUAAACGAGCUUUCUAUGAGAAACGAAAGGUCAACAUUGAGACUAACAAGACUAAUAACAGAGAAAGAGAGAAGUUAUACUUGGCUAAUCAAGAGAAGUUCCAUAAAGAGGCAGACAAACAGUAUUGGAAAGCAAUAGCAGAGCUUAUUCCUCAUGAGGUUCCUAAUAUCGAGAAGAAGCGAGGCAAGAAGGAUCCUGAUAAGAAGCCAUCAAUAACAGUCAUCCAGGGACCAAAGCCAGGGAAGCCCACUGAUCUUUCAAGAAUGCGGCACAUACUGGUGAAGCUGAAGCAUACACCACCACCUCAUAUGUUACCACCCCCUCCUCCACCUGCCAAGGAUGCCAAAGAUGGGAAGGAUGCCAAAGAUGGGAAGAAUGCCAAGGAUGGAAAGGACAAAGAUAGUAAGAAUGCCAAGGAUGUUAAGGAUGGAAAAGAUGCUACACCCACCACUGGAGAAGCACCGACUACCCCUGCUGCCAAAGAUGCCACCUCUAAUGGUUCUCCUGACACACCUGAACAAGCAGCCCCUGUUGCAGCUGAGGACCAGACAGCUACAGAAUCUGAGGCAGCUCCGAUUGCUUGAUUGCAUACAAUACGAUUUUCCUCUCUUCCCAAUUUUUGUAAUUUGCUUCUAUUUUUUUCGAGUUCUAAAUUGCUUAUUGCCCACUAUCUCACCAUGCCAUUUGUUAUUGAGAAUAAGAAUUUGCUGUAGUUAGCGCCACAGUCAGUAGCUACGACUGUGGAAACUUGUUUUUAUGUUGCUUCAUGAUGUACUAAUUGUCAUUGUUUCACACUAUUCAUGGAAUCAAUUUUUUUUUUUAGUUUAAACGUCA